GAGUUUCCGCCAGUCAGUCAAAUAAUGUGAAACAAGUCGGGUCAAUUUUCUGUACACAAAACCAAACACCGAGACUCAAAUUUUCGACCUGCAAAAUGGAAGAGAGCGAAAUUCUGGAAAAUCAAAAUGUGCCACAAACAGACAAGAUGAAACCAGCAAGUGCACACGGUGAACACAACGAGCUGUAUAUCUUGAAUUACUCACAUUCUAAAGAUUCUAAUGAAUCACUUGGCCGAAAAAGUCUUGAGCAAAAGAACUUUAAUGCGGUCAAGAAACUUCAGAAACAGCAAUCACAUGUGUACGAUUUAAAAGAAAGUCAAGCACAGGAGCAACCACCGGAAAAUAUAGACCAAAAUACCAAACCCCUAAAAUCUGAAGAAAAACUGCACAUUUCGAGACACGAGGAAGAAUAUAAAGAUAUUGUUUCAACUCAUUCUAAGGAAUCAAGGGAACAAUGCCAAGAAGAAGCAAGGAUAGAAACACUUAGGAUCAAGUACAAAGAUAUCAUUAUUGACAAUAUCUCUGAUGAUACUAUCUCCGCGAAAUCCAAGCCACAGAGUCAAGUAAAGUUGAAUGAUGCUGCUCCUGGUAAAACGUUGUCCAUGGAUAACGCCCGUAAAUCAAACACGUUAAUUGAAGAAGAACCGUUGAAUAACCCCAAAGAAGAAGCUAUUAAAGUGGUGGAAAAUGUAACGAGUCCACCAGAAACACCAGCAAAGGAAGAACUUCAAGAAACCAAGGAACAGGACACCAUACCGAAACCCGAGGAAGUGAGAAUCGAUGAACUGGAUCAAAUGGCGCCAAGUACUUCAUCGGCAGCUCAGGAGACGAAAUCGGAAAAGCCAAAUGAAGCAACGCCUUGUACAGAGAUAAAAUUUGACCCGAGGGAUAAGAUCAGGCAGGACAUGGAAGAAUAUUUUAAAGGCAUUCAGGCUCUGGAGGUCAAGACACUAACCGGCGACGAGCUGAAUGCAAGAGAAGCCGAAGCCAUUUUGAGAGAGGAGCAGCAAAGAAAAACCUGGAAGGGAAUGCUUCUAGCGGUAGCCCACACCUCCUUAUCCACAUCCACUAACAGCAGUUCUUCAGGUAAAACGCCAAAAUCCGCCGUACAAGCCAUUCUACAACGCACAGCCAAGGCGGAGUUCAAGAGGAAAAUGUAUGUCCUUAAGGAGAACUACAACUAUCGAUUGGAGCUGCUAAAGCAGCUAAAAAACGACAUGAAAAACAACUACAAAAGCGAGGCCCAGCAACUGUACAUCGACUACCACUCCAUCAAGAACCAGACUCUAAACAGCCCCCCUUUAAACGAGAUAGACACAGUAUGCUCCACGGAAAACAGUAACCAAGAAGAGAGUUAGGUAAUAGGAACAAGUGGAUCCACCCGCCAAAAACAGGAUACUUCCACACCAUCAACUACUGAAACCCAUCACCUCCAUACUUGCAUUAUCUGCAAAGAAAGGAUUACAUACGAUGUUAGGAUAGCCCAUCUGCUGCUGAUUUUCAUACUUACGACACACACCCUACUCCAUUUUUAAUAAUAUUUACAAAAGUAAAGCCGAAAAACUAGAGGGCUUUCAGGAACUUGUAGAACCUAACCCAAAAACAGGAUACUUUCACACCAUCAACUACUGAAACUCAUCACCUCCAUACUUGCAUUAUCUGCAAACAAAGGAUUACAUAGGAUGUUAGGAUAGCCCAUCAGCUGCUGAUUAUCUGAUCACACUUACGACACACACUCUACUCGAUUUUUAAUAAUAUUCACAAAAGUAUAGCCGAAAAACUAGAGGGCUUUCAGGAACUUGUAGAACCUAGAGCUCCAAAAUCAAUGCUACCAAGUGAAAUGACCUGCCAAAAGCGGGGUUCAAUGGGACUGUACCUCUUGCAUUCAUUGUGUGCACUUGCUUCUUUACAUCUCGACGAAGUGCAUCUGUAUCUCGUUUACUGAGUACCCACGGUACAGUCGCCACUCUGAACGCCCCGCGGCAUGCAACAGUAUUUUUUAGCUUUGUAUAGCCCAGAAACCUUAAAUUUGCGCCACUUCUGUUUUGCAUGUCGAAAUAAAAGCAAAGACAAUGAGAAUUGACCCAAAUA